AUGGUAUUUGAAUUUUUUUUAGCCCAGACUUUCCUUAACUAUCCAAUGUUUUUUGGCUUUUUGCUCAGAAAAAUCUCCUCUCGCAUUGCAGUUUUUCUAAGGUCUUGACUUCGAAAGAGACUGAUGAGAGUUAACAUUACACCGACAGUAUUCUUUUUUAUUAUAUUCGCUUGAAUGUCUUUAAAUAAAUUUUAAAACCAUCCAGUUUGCUGUUUUCUUCGUAGUGCUUUCAUCAGUAUAGCUAACGAUGAGUGUCCAGAAGCCUUCGAACUAUACUCUUCACUAAAUCCGAACACCAUGGAUAGGAGAGAAGCCUGCGGACAACCAGACGAACAAUACCAAACACUUUACAGAGGAGCACCAGUAUACGACACUCUAGAACCGAAACCGAGCCAGGUUGCGAGUAACCCAAUCUAUGAAAGG